GACCAAUGGAAUAUUUGAACGUGUUGAUAGGAUUUCCCGAAAAUCUGCAAUAACCGCAGAAGCAGUCCGAAUUUGGCGGGAGAUUCUGACAGAUGCAAUGGAAGAAAAUGAGGAUUUUGAUGUUAUUUUUGAGGGAACACCCCUCUAUGAAAGUUUGACACAUGGUCAAACACUUGCAGAUGAAAUGUCAGAUAUUGAAAAACGCGGCCGGACAACACCAUCAUCUGCAAAUGGCGAUAGAAAACUUGUGUCUAUUUAUAAGACAACUGAGAAUCGAGUUGGAGCAUUUCAAUGGCUGGCAGGAAGAUUUGUACCUGAUACAUCAAAUUUGGACAAGGUGUCCAUGAAGACCCUCAGUCAGAUGCUUCAAUCAAGUCCUCUUCUCCUGCAAGAUGAUGCAAAUUUUCUCAGUAGUUUUCUGGGGUCAACUCAAGCUGAAGAAAAUGUUCAAGCAUUUGAUAAAAGGCAAAGGCUACACAGAAUUUUGGCAUUAAGUGACUGGAUAUUGCUACCGAUCUUAUGCGCAGUGCCAGUUGGUCUCAAAUAUUGUUCCGCUUGGCUUGAACAUAAGCCUCUUGUGUCCACUCCAUUGGUUUUGGGAUAUUCUGCCUGUCUUGGUUUGCGAGGUAUUAGUAUUUACGCCAGAGUGCGACAGAAUCAAGUUUUCAGUGACGUAACGCGUUCUGUCAAUGAGUUCUUGAAAGCAAGCCAGAAGUUUAGGAAUGUGUACAAGAAGUGUUUACGGCUAGUACAGGAAACAGAGCUGGUGGCGAGAGGUUUCACAUUGGUAUCUCAAAAGAACCCACUGUCCCAUAUAGAGCAGGGUUUUGGAAGUGAUGUUGCUAUAGUAACCAGACAGUGUCCACGGCUCCGGAAACUGCUGUUUACAUAUUCAAGAGACGCCGUGUUAAAUACCAGACAGAACAUUAAACACUUGCUUGAAAGAUAUCCACUUGACAAAGAACUGGAUGUGCAUGGGACAUUUCUAGCAUUUGAGCCCUUACAAAGUUAUGGGCCUUGCUUGCAAACUGUAGAGGAUGAAGACUUGUUUAAUUUAACAGAUGGUUUCUCUGUGUCAGCAUUAAAGGGCAUCUAUCAAUUGUGUUCCUUGCACCAGUCAGAGCUGAUCAAGGUGCUGUUGUUGGUGUGUGCAAAGUAUACAUGUCAUGACAUCAGCUGCUGUUCAGAAAUGCUAGGAAGCAUUAGACAGGAUGCAGAAGAUUGGACUGGUUCCCUGGAGAAAUGCUACACAUUUUACAACAGCACCUGGCAGAGCCUGGAACCAGUCUCCAGGAAGCACACACCCUACAGUGGUCAGGAGGAUGCCUUUGUUGCUGUGCAUAGUCUGGAUCUACAUCUGCAGGCAGCAUUGGCAAGGGUACGUGAACUCAGCAAGCGGCUUGAAGGGUCUAGUUCUGACAGCCAAUCAGAUUCAUUCCCUGCCUCAUGUGAUCUCCCCAGCCUUUUGCAGCCAAUCAAAUCAGAGCUUGACUCUUGCAAAGGAUGCUGGGAGGAAGCACAGCUCAGGAUUGCAAAAUGUCUUGGAAAAUCUUCAGAUGCACCCACAGUGAAAGCACAGUCCGACAAGGUUGAAUCCAAUAACCCAGUUACACAGACAGAAGGUCCAGCAAAAGAGAUUGAAGAUUACAUUAUAGAGGAUCAGAUGUUUGAGGCGUACACCGACCCCAACGAAGUCAUCACAGACACCCACUGGGACAGGCCUCUCUCUGCAGAGGAAAAGGCCAAGAAGAAGUUGGAGAGGGAUGAAACCAUGAGAGUGCUUACAGAGCUGAAGUCUGUCAUCUCUGUGCGAGCUGUAGAGAUUAACAGGCGGGAACAAGCCGCUCUGCAGAAAAUGUACCCUGAUGUUCAUAAACCUCAAGUUUGUCAGAGUGGAUUUCUUGAUAUUGAAGUUCCUCGAAUUAAGGGUAAAAACAUGCAAAAUCGUGGAAGCAGUUUAGAAAAUCAUAGCGCUUUUGUGAAACAAAGUGAUGAUUCUGUAGAAAAUCCUAAGAAUAUUGUUGAAAAUCUUGAUUGUGUAGAGGAUUUAGAACAUUCUUCAAGAAAAAGUGCACAUUAUGUCCCAAAAGCUGAGGUAGUAUUGAAAGUUGAAGCUGAUUCAGAAAUGCAUGUAAAGGAUGUUUUUAGUGAGUUUAAUUUAAAAAGUAAUGCAAAUGUUUCUGUUAAUGACAUAGAAGUAAAAGAUGAAUUAGAGCUUUAUCCUUUACUGAAUUCAGCACAAAAUUCAGUGGUGACUGAUGAUAGUAAUGAAAUUAAAUCAGAUACUGCUGGAAACUUGCCAAAAAGUGAUAGAGAAAAAGAGUUGGAGACUAGUGAUGGGAGUGAAAGUGUUAAUGAUAAACAUAGAAAUGUCAAAUCCUAUGUGACUGCAGUAGGCAUAAGAAGAAUUAGAAAAAGUAACAUGUUGGAAAUGUGUGACUCAGAAUCUGAUACAGAGUAUGCCAGAAGUACAGACUACUACUUUAAUGAAAGUGAUGAGGCGGAAGAAAGUGAUGUCUUGUAUCAGGGAAGAAUUGGACUGCCCCUCAAGGAUUUGUUGAAUAAAGGCUCUGAGAGGACUGAAUACCCAACCGAUAGCGAUGACGACAAAUUAGUUUCAAGUGAAAAUCAUAAAGAGAAUGAUGGAAAUGACUUAGAGUUUGGUGAAGAUAAAUCAGUAUUGGAUAAAGAAAAUUUAGUGUGUUUUGCAGAUAAUUUAGAUAGUCCCGGCAAUUAUAUGGAUUGUAGUUCGCAUAAUGUAGAAUGUGGUAAAGAUAAUAAUGAUGAUAUUGAAUACAAAGAGGAUGAAGAGGAUUUUCAUACAAAUCUAAGACUACCAGUACUAUCAUUCGAGGAUCGGUUGAAUGCGUUGGCUGGGGGUAACUUUGGUUUCAAUCCAGAUGUGGCAUCGGAGAUGGCCAUGAGAUCCAGGACACUUGGUGCUAUGGUGGAGGAGACAUUCGGGGGAGAGGUGUUUGGGGAAAUGUCAGAAGAGGAGGAAGAGACUGAAGACACUGAACCCUGAAGUCUGCCAUUGGAUUUGUGCUUUUGUAUUUAAUGAGCCUCCUGUAUGAAAACCGGGUUCAAUGCAUGUGCGCAAAGUGUUGUAGAUUAGGCUGUGCAUUCUGCACAGGUUAAUCAGGGACAUCAAUGUCUGUUUAGACUAGAUUUUUGAGAUAAUAACUUCAAACGAAAAAUUCAAUACAAUUGGAAACUUUUGUCCCUGAUUAGCCUGUGCAACCUGCACAGGCUAAUCUGGUUAGACACUUAAAACACAAGCAUAAAGUCCGGUUUUCCUAAAGUAAGGCUCAAUUGCAUGUAGUAUUGUACACAUGACAUAAGUUUGAGAACACCAUUUGGUAAAAUGUGCUGUCAUCAAAAAUUGAUUUAAGGUAUUUUGUAUUUUUCAGUAUUUCGGCAGGAAUACAUGCAUUAUUGCAGUUUCUCAACUAAUCAUUCUUAGUUUUAUUUAGUUGGAUUUAGUUGUUUGUUUCUUUAGCUUAAUUUCUUAACAAAGGAGGGUAGGGAUAUCAAACUGCGCAGACUAAAAUUCAUUCUGACCGGCUUUUGUGCCACACAUCUUGCAACUUUAUUGAGAUCAUGUUAUUAAAGAAAGAAAUAAUAACACAGACAAAUAACUGAGAAUCAUUUUAAAUUGUUUUAGUAGGCUCUCUAUGUCCUUUUAAGGGUAUACGGACCAUACGGACCAUGGACUAUACGGCCCAGACUAUACGGCCCAGAUUAGCGGACCAUACGGCCCAGAUUUGCGGACCUUACGGCCCAGAUUUGCGGACCAUACGGCCCACAUGUUUCUUUACGUCAUGUACAUUAUUCUAAAACACGAAUACACUACAAUACUGUGCUACCAUUGUACCAUGAAUGUGUUAAAAAUAAAUACAUGCUAGUAUGUGUUUCGCUUUUGUUAAUAAAUAACACGGGAAAUGAAAUAGUUAUUAUUUCUCUCAGAUUUUAAAUUCAUUUUAAUGUUGUCAUCAACUAUUUAUGUAAGCAGUACACAUCACGCAAACAUUCACUUAAAUCGACAGAAUAUAUUUUAAUAAAGUUGUAAAUUAAUACUUAUAAAAUUUAAAACAUGCCGCGUGGUGAAAACAGUAAUAAAAAUUUAUAACAUAAUUAUUAAAUGUAAUACAUGCCGCGUGGUGAAAACGGCAAAUAAAAAAUUGUAACAUAAUUAUCAAAUUCAAUACAUGCCGCGUGGUGAAAACGGUAAUAAACAUUUAUAACAUAAUUAUUAAAUGUAAUACAUGCCGCGUGGUGAAAACGGCAAUAAAAAUUUAUAACAUAAUUAUUGAAUUUAAUACAUGCCGCGUAGUGAAAACGGUAAUAAAAAUUUAUAACAUAAUUAUUAAAUUUAAUACAUGCCGCGUGGUGAAAACGGUAAUAAAAAUUUAUAACAUAAUUAUUAAAUUUAAUACAUGCCGCGUGAUGAAAUAUAUUAUAAUUGCAAUAGGGGUAUGACACUCGAAUAAGUGACUCGUACGUUUGUAUAUUGGAUACGCCCUAUUUAUGACAUCUACUGAUUGAUCUUAUCUAUUACAGUAAUUGAUAAUAGACCCUAAUGGAUUAACACGUCUGUAAGUAGUAAGUGGUAAAGUGUGAUGAUCGUUAUAAUUGUAUACAACAACGGCUUAUGUUUGCACAUCUGGUGAGCUAUUUAUAACAUAAAUAUUGAUUGAUGUUGAUAAUUACACUAAUGCUAAUAGAGUGAACGUGAAUGCGAAUGAAGUACCUAUGCAGUGCAAACUCAUCAAGGAAAAGAAAUUGCAGCGGCAUCAGAGUCGGCAAACACGUGCCACACAAGGGCUUUGUGCGCGGCUUGGGACCGGUACGGGGAAAAAGAAAUUUGUACGAGUGAGCUUCUCUGAAAGAGUGCUGUAGACUGUAUGGACCUGUGUAAAUGUGUACGUGUGUUUGUUUGUUUGAAACGAUUGAGUGAAAAUGUAUAGAUCUGUUUGUUUGAUUGUAUAUAAAAUAUAUUUGUUUGAUUGUAUGUAUGUAAUACAACUUUGUUCUUGUACAUUUGUUUGCUCACAUUUCACAAAAUUGCUAUAAAGGUUGUUUUUUGUUGUACAUAUAUAUGUAUUUGUUUAUAAGUGUUAUAUAUAUAUAUAUAUGCCUGAAAUUGUUUUUUUAUUUGUUGUACAUAUAUUAGUUUUUGUUGUGUAUUUUGAUGUCGAUAUUAUAUUAACAAACAAUAAAGGAAUUUACUAGGGUA